CGGUCUAGAACACCUUUUAAAUGAAACCAAAUUACCUAAACAGAGCCCAAAACCUCGCUCGAUUUUUCGUUUCAGUGACAGAACCUGAAAUACGAAAGCCGGAAGCCGCUUCAACAUUUUCAUCCUUGGAUUUCUGAGGUUGUAUCCCAAAUCCCGCUAAGAAAAAUGGCUACACCAUUUUUCGCUGGGCUUGCAGUUGCUGCAGCAGCUCUUGCUGGUAGAUAUGGAAUACAAGCUUGGCAAGCAUUUAAGGCAAGACCACCAAAACCUAGAAUGCGUAAAUUUUACGACGGUGGUUUUCAACCUACAAUGACAAGAAGAGAAGCCGCGUUGAUCCUUGGUGUUCGGGAGAACGCGACAGCGGAGAAGGUGAAGGAACAACAUAGGAAAGUAAUGGUAGCGAACCAUCCAGAUGCGGGUGGGAGCCACUACCUGGCCUCGAAAAUCAAUGAAGCUAAAGAUGUGAUGCUUGGGAAGACGAAGGGCAGUGGAUCUGCAUUUUAAAUCCAAAAUGGCCUUUGCUUUUUAUUUUGGGUGUCAAACUUCUAAACCAUUUGCCUACUUAUAUGGAAGCAUACCAAAAUUUAUUUUUAAUGAAAUAAUAUUAAAAAAAUGGUAUGAAAA